AUGGUAGCCAAUCAGAUUCUAACUUCAGCUUGUUCAAUUAAGCUUUGACAAUAAAUCCUGGAAGCUGAUUGGUUUCUAUGCAGAGCCGCACCAGAUUUUGCACUCUCCAGUUUUAGUAAAUCAGCCCCAAAGUAUAUAAAAUGCCUCCCUGGCGGUAUUCCCGAGUGUAGCUCGUGGUAAAGUUUCAGUACCACAAGCGGUAUCCCCGAGCUAUACUCGGGCUUACCAUGUGGCGCGCUGCUCCGCGAUCCCUUGAUCACUUACCUUGUCCUGCGCUCCCGCGAUGUCCCUCCUGCAGUGUCCCCAGCAAUGUAAUCCGGCGGAUGCCGGCAUCUGUCAUCUGGGUUCCGUCCCCUGCGAGCGUCGGGACGUAUGGGGUACGGGGAACGGCGGGAAAUUUGAAAAUGACAAAAAGUGACAUUCACUAAAAUCACUAA